AUGCCGGAGAUCUUCCGCUUCCCUGGCUGCGAGGACUUUGGGCACGGCCUGGCCGCCCUGACCACCAUUCCGGCCGAGGGGUGGCUUCAGCUCGUGGCCCUCAUCGGCGCGCACGAGCUGCUCCUGAAGCCCGGCACGCGCGCCGGUGCGGUGAACGGCGCGGACUACGGCUUCGGCACGGAGGUCUUCGACGGGAACCCCGACUUUGAGAAGGCGCGGCGCCAGACGGUGGAGCGCAACAACGGCCGCCUGGCGAUGAUCGCCAUCAUGGGCCUCAUGAUCCAGGAUUUCACCUUCGGGAUGACCCCGCUUCAGAUGAUCAACAAGGGCGGCUUCUACGGCCCCCCGGUCGACUUCAUCGUCAAGGACAUCGGCAUGUGCAGCGGCUACACCUACUGCGCCACCAAGGAGCGCACGGCGCGCACCAUCAUGCGCUCGGGCUACUCCGAGUGCUACAAGCCGUUCCAGAACGGCCGCUAUCCGCCAGCCCCCGGCCAGGAGUGGGAAGACGAUUGGGGCGUCCCCGACCCCGAGAAGGAGCUCGAGAUGUCCCCCUCCAUGCCGUUCCUGGCCAUGCCCAAGCACCUCAAGGGCUGGGUCGGCGGCGAGAAGGGCUUCGACCCCCUGGGCGUCACGGACGCCCUACCCGUGUACUGGGUGCGCGAGGCCGAGCUGAAGCACGGCCGCGUCUGCAUGCUGGCGACCAUCGGCUGGAUUGCCACCGACCUGGGCGCCCGCUUCCCUGGCGACAUGUACCAGGUGUCCACCAUAGAAGCGCACAACAAGCUGGUCGACGAGGGCCAGAUGCAGCCCUUCCUGGGGGCCAUCCUCAUCGCGGAGCUCUACAGUCUCUACCUCAUCGUGGAGGGCUGGGGCGGUGAAAUCGACCGCUCCGCCGGCGACUACUUCCUCGGCAAGAGCUUCCUUCCCAAGGACGUGGAGGGCGAGAAGAACAUGAAGCUGAAGGAGCUGGAGAAUGGUCGCCUGGCGAUGCUGGCCUUCGGGGGCAUCGCCACCGCCUCUGUGCUGACCGGCAAGGCGUGGCCGUUCUUCGACUAG